CACGCCCCGCCCAUCGCUGUUUGCUUUUCUCCCGGAUCCAGAUGAAGGGGUGGCCCUGUUUCUGCCCUGCCCUGCCGCAUUUCUGGCAGCUGGAGUCUUGCUUCAUGGCUGAGGGCUCGGGCACUCAGGCCCCGGGGAAAGAGCCCCCGCUCAGCAUCCAGGUCCUGCGAGCCCAGUACGAAGGCUUGCGAAGGCAGCAGAGGGCGCGGGCCUACCUGGUGGUGCUCCCGACAGGAGGAUACACGCCUGUUCCUGCUGAGUCCGUGGUCAGUCCUGUUUGGAUUAACAAAGAGAGAAGGCACUCAGUGUCCCUAGAAGAGGCAGAUCUGGGGGCCGAGGGGAUGCUGGAGGAGGCCGACGGAGGCUGCCUUCAGGGCCCUGAAUCUCCAUGGCACACACAUCUGGAGAUGUACCGCUGCGUUCAAACCUUCCACCAGGAAAUUAGUCUUCCAGUAAAACACAAGAACAAGCUCAUGGGGUCCAAACAAAGGCUGCCUCAGGAAGGAGACCCAGGCCUGUUUGAAAACAAUCAGAUGACCCAGCAAGGGACCACCAACCUACCAACAGCCCAGUGUGAAUGUCCGGUGGGCAAUGUCCAGACAAAGGCAGUAGGAUCUGGCUUGAAUAUGGACAUUCGUUACCGUCUUUCCAAGAAGAACCCACACAUGUCUGGAAAACCAGCUCACUAUCCAUUUCCCCAGAGGAAAAUGCCCAGGAUCUCUCAAACCGCCAGGGACCUGGGCUUGUAUGGCCCAGCCUAAAGCUUCCUACUCAGCCAAAUGUCCCAACAUUGAAACCAUGGAUGGCCUCAUCCAAGAACCCAGGAGGCAGGGCCAUGAGUCGGCCUCUAGCUAGGAGCAAGAACCAGACUAACUCAGUGGAAGGGAUUUUGAACUUCAUGGUGGCAUGGUCUUAUCCUUCAGAAAAGAAGAGAUUGCCUAGGCCAGAUCUCACACAGUCUAGGAUGAAAGAGUGUAUCUGAUCAGGGUGACCCCACUGUGCUUGUAUAUGAAGACAUGACUGGAGCCCUAGAUGCCGAUUCCUUGGGGAGGCCCCAUAGGCAUCUUCUCUGUCCCUAGAAAUGGGAAUUUUGGAAUGUAAUACUGGCACCCUAGCCAUAGGAAUGC